AUGUCAAAACGACCAAUCUCAAUUAAUGAUCUUCUCAAACAAGACGUUAUUACUCCCAAGUAUGUUCAUAAAUCCAAAAGGGUGAAACUUGAAAAGAAUAAGUAUAUACCAUCACCGAAACCGGAGUCGAAACUGGAAUUGGAACCGGUGAAUGCAGUAUCUGAAUCUGUAUCUAGUCUGAGUAAGGCAUUGAAGGUUUCAACAAUUCCUACUCCGCAAGCGUCAAAGCAACCUGGUCAAUUACGAUCAAGAAAGUUUCAGUUUGACUGGGACGAAACAGAGGACACGACAAGGAAUGAAUUGUCGCGACUUGGCGAUCAAGAUGAUGAUGAUGAUGGUGUUUUUUAUGAUCCAUUACUCAAAGAUGAUGCUAAUACGCAUUGGAAACUGAAAAAGCUAGCACAAAUGACUGACAGAGAUUGGCGGAUAUUUAAUGAAGAUUACGGGAUAAUUACAAAAGGGAAAAAUAUACCUCAUGGUGCCAGAUACUGGAAUGAAAGUGGGCUAAGUUUGGAGCUUGUUAGUAUUAUUGAGAAAUUUGGAUUUGUUGAGCCUACACCUGUUCAACGAGCAAGUAUUCCAAUAAGUCUACAACAAAGGGAUAUGGUUGGUGUAGCGGAAACGGGUAGUGGUAAAACUUUGGCGUUUCUAUUACCAAUUUUCCAUUACUUGCAGAAUAUUGAUUUGAACUAUAUAAAAUAUGAAAAAAUUAAGAAUGAACCAUUGGCUUUGAUUUUGGCACCUACUAGAGAAUUGGCAUUACAAAUUGCAAAAGAAGCAGAAAAGUUUUGUUGUAAAUUAGGGUACAAUGUUAUGUCAAUAAUAGGAGGUCGGCAGUACCAGGAUACGAUAAAUGAAAUUGAUUCAAGUUCAGGCAGAGGUAUACACAUUGUAGUAGGUACCCCAGGGAGAUUAUUAGAUUCAAUUGAUCGUAAAAUGUUGAAUUUUGGUAAAUGCUACUAUCUAGUAAUGGACGAAGCUGAUAGAAUGAUUGAUAUGGGGUUUGAAAAAGACUUGAAUAAAUUAAUCAACCAAUUACCAAAGAGUGAAAAUUUGGUAAAUAGCAUUGAUGGCAGGCUAUUCCAUUUGGAGAAAAGAUUGACCAUGAUGUACACGGCUACGAUCUCACCACCUAUUGAGAAAAUCACCAAGAGUUAUCUAGUUGACCCUGCAUAUGUUUACAUUGGCGGUGCGGGUGAAGCAUUGGAUAACAUUGACCAGAAGUUUGAUUAUCUUGGAUCACCAAAAACUGAAAGCAUUAAAGUGAGCAAACUAUUAAAAGUUAUUCAACAGCACAACAGAAGCGUUCGUCAGCCCUUGAUUAUUAUAUUUGCCAAUUUCAAACAUGUUUGUGAAGCAUUAUCUCAGGAACUCGAGAAUAAUAAUUUGCACAAUGUUGUAAUCCAUGGAUCCAAAUCUCAACAAAUGAGAGAAGAAGCACUCGAGGAGUUUAAACGAUAUGAAUCUCCUAUAUUAAUAGCCACGGAUGUUGCAGCUAGAGGUAUUGAUGUGCCUAAUGUGAGUCUUGUUAUAAAUUACCAAAUGUGUUCUAAAUUUGACGAAUAUAUUCAUAGGAUUGGAAGAACUGGGAGAGCCGGGAACUAUGGUGAAAGCUUUACAUUUCUAGAUGAUAACGAUUCAAAUAUAUUCAUACCACUUAAGAAAUUUUUGAAAAAAGGAGGUAAGAAAUUGCCUGAAUGGUUGUAUAGAUAUAGCAUUAGUUCAGUUUAA